CUGCUUCAGUUCUAGACACACAGGAAUGGCUGAUGUCUUCAGAAGUCUGAACCUCCUUGAAGCUCUCAAAGAGUCCAUAGAAAGCAACAAGUUAUCCGACGUGAAGGAGGCAGUGGAAGACCUCCUGAUCAGCAGGAUCAACUUGGCUGUUGUUGGGGACCGUGGGGAUGAAAAAGCCUCCUUCAUGAACUCUCUUCGUGGCCUYGGACCUGACGAUGAGUGCGCAGCUCCUUCUUUGUUUCCCGUUGCCCUGGAGGACGUGGCUGGCUACCCAAACCCCAAACACCCUGACUUCCGCCUGUGGGAUCUGCCACCUGUCCCCACGACGUCCCCAUUCGAACCAGAGGGAUACAUGAACAGGUUUAAGUUCCUCCGUUACAACGCGGUCUUUAUGACGUUCACACAGGAGCUUCAUCCCAACAGUGUGGAGGUUUUCCUGGAGGCCCGUUCCCUGCAGCGACAAACCGUCUACUUUGUUCUCUUAUCUGCUGUGAAAGACACAGAGAAGAGUCUGGAAGAAAAGAGGAAAGCUGGUCUGGAAGUGCUGAAAUCCCAGAGUGUAAAACAACCUAAAGUCUUCCUGGUCAGACCUUCCACCCUGGAGAAGCUGGACUUCCCUGACCUCUUGGUGGACAUGAGUAAAGACCUUCCAGAGAUCCGAGCUCACGCACUCCUGUUGGCUCUCCCAGCUUUCACCCCAACACUGGUCACCCAGAAAAAAGAGGCCUUUAAAGCCCUCAUUUGGGCGGCUGCUUCUCUGUCCGGCGGGAUAUCAGCCAUCCCUGUUCCCCUGGUGGCAUCCAUGGUGGACUCGAGCAUAGCAGUGCAGAUUCUGACCAAAGCCCGGCUAUCUUUGUGCCUGGACGAUGAAUCGGUUGAGCGACUGGCCCGGCAGAGACACCGGGAAGCAGCAGAGCUGAAAAGGCUGAGGACUUGUGAGCUGUCAGCAGAGGUCACUAAAGGCGACGUGAAGAGACGGCUCGCUGCAGCCGAGAGAGACUUGUCCACCGUUUCCUCAAAGUUACUGGAAAUGGCGAUGCCUCGACACGCUCGAUCAGCCGGGCGUUCUUUCACCGCCAUGCUGCAGGCUCUGAACGGUGCUGUGGACGAGAUGGCUGCUGAUGCUGAGAAGAUAGUGGCAGCAGCAACGGGAGAGGGGAAAUGAUGUUUUUCUCUUCCUGUCUCUGUAGCUAAAGCAUCACUUCUGUGCKUUGAAACAUAAUACAAUACUUUGCUGUAUUGUGUUCACUUAUUGUUGUAAAGAAAACACUGUGUAACCAUAAAUUGGAACAAAUUCAGUAGAUGUUUCUCUGUAAGACCUGAUCUGUAAAGUUCAGUGUCAAAACCUGAAUACAGGAAGUGGUGGGAGGUUCAACACGGUAACACAAAAGACAAAAAAAAAAACCAAAACUAUUAAAGAAAUUUUGGUUUUCACCCACUCUGAUGCUUACUUAUGUAAACCCUGACUCUGUGAACUGUGAAACUUCCUUUUUUUAUCUUGGUUUUGCUUUGAGAAAGAGAAGUGCAGCACACAGCUAGUAGAGGUAAGAAACAAUUAUUUUA